UAGCUCACACACAUUUACACCAGGCAUGUGCUGUGGGCUUUGAGACUGGGCAAGCAUCAAAGAUAUUUAAUACACAUUAUUAAACGCUGUGCCCAAAACACAUAAAUUACGGUUGAAUGUAAUGUCCCGGAAAUGUUAUUGCCAUAAAUCAUUGCCUUAGAACCCACCAGUCAAUGGAAACAAUUGUGUCACAGUGGCAAACUUCAUGACCAAGUUGUUUUAAAUUAAGGACAGUAAUAUUGCUCAUAUCACACAAAUGAAAGAUUAUAAUAUAUUGAGCCGAGCAUGUUUAUAUACAUUAAAUCAUACAAUGAACCACAGUGCCAGAAGAGUUUGUUUGACAUAGGGCCAACAACAAAAUGAAAAAGAAAAGAUUGCCAGUUACUAGUUUCAACAUCACAGGCCUCACACAUCCCACAGUUCAGAAUCACUGGAAUGGACAGCGGCAAUUAACUAAUCUGACCACCAAAGAAAACAAUCUUUGAAAAAGAAAACAUAGACAAGACAGUCUAAAUACCAUCUUAUUUUUUAAAACAGACACUGCGCCCUAACGUUAGAACUGUAAAACAGACAUAACACAAUAAGAACAUGAUCAAUAAUUCAUAGCCUAAGACUAACUAGAAACAAUGACCUAGUAUCAAUAACACUGAUUUUUAAUAAAUACAUUAACUUACCUUUACUCGAAGACAAAAGUCAUGUGUCUUUCCUUGCUGAACAUCUCCGUCACUUUGUAGUAAAAGUCGCCCGCUUGUUUAACCGUUUGAUGCACAACAUGGGUCUAAAAAGACCAGACUGAGUUUUCAUUUUCUAUAUCUUUGCAAGAAAUUUAUUUCAUCAUUCAGUAUACCAGGUAUUCCUCAAUUAACUUGUUUUAGAUCAUUAAAAAUCCUAAUUGAAAUUUUUCAUUUCUUACUUUUCGAAUAAAAAUCGUUUUUGUAUCGCAACCCUUCUAAUGCGCAACAUGGGUCUAAAAAGACCCGUAUUCAUUUCCUAUGUUAUUUCAUGCAUGGCUGAGUGUUUCUUUGCUGAAUCUUUAAAAUAUAUGUAUUUUAUCAUUUCUUAUUCCAGGUAUUCAUUAAAUAUCUUGUUUUUGAUUUCCACAAAUCAUUCUGUUUAUGUUUAAUUUCUUACUUUAUAAACAAACACAGUUUUUGUAUUUCUACAAUGUUUUUACAUGCAUGGGUCUAAAAAGACCUGUAUUCAUUUCCUAUGUUAUUUCAGUGAUGGCUGAGUGUUUCUUUGGUGGAUCUUAAAAGAUAUGUUUUUUUUUUCUUUCUUUUUUCUUAUUCCAGGUAUUCAUUAUAUAUUUUGUUUUUGAUUUCCACAAAUCAUUAUGUUAAUGUUUCCUUUCUUACUUUAUAAACAAACACAGUUUAUUUUUUAUUUCUACAUCAAUUUUUUCAAAAAUGACCCAUAUGGAAACCUUUGAUAUUUGCACAUUGUUGCAAGUAGGAACAUUUACGCAGAAUACUAUUCACCUGCCACACAUUUCACAACACAACACGGCUGCUUUUGUAUAUUUGAUGCAAGUCUUAUUUUAUUUUAACCACAGAAAAUAUUUUAUAUUUUGUAAAAGAUGGACAUAAUUAUUGAAUAUUAGGCUAAUGUUACCUUGACCUGUAAUCCUAGAGAGAAAUUACUUGUGAGAAGGAGAAACAUGUCCAAUACUACUAUUAGCUAUAGCUAGCUGGUGACAUAUUCUAGCUAGCUAAUGUUAGCUACACUAAAAAAGAUUGUAUUUUAAAGCUUAUUUACAUGUAGAAGGCCUAACAUUUCAUAAUCCUUCAUAUGCUGAAAUGAUUCAAUGUUUUAAGAGUUUAGGGUUCUUUUUUCCCGCCUUUUUGAUUUUCGAACUGUAACUGUCAACGCCACCUCAUUACUGGAGCUCAGCAGUCAUCCAAUUACACAGAUUGUCAAGACACCCUCAACAGGGGGAAAUAAGAGCUGGAUGUGGCCUUGCGGGAGCUGUUUCUGGAUCCACUGCAAAAUCCAAUGUACAAAGCAACCAUGGGGCUCAGGAGAUAUGAGGAUAUCCGCAGGUUCAUACGAUUUGAUGACAAGAGGACCAGGGCAUUACGACUGGAAACAGAUCACAUGGCGGCAUUCAGGUAUGUCUGGGACUGUUUCCUGGCUAGUUGCAGAAGACGGUUCAUCCCCAGUGACUGUGUCACCAUAGAUGAGCAGCUUGUGCCAUUCCGGGGCAGGUGCAAGUUCUUGCAAUACAUGCCCAGUAAGCCUGCAAAGUAUGGAUUAAAAAUAUUCUGGAUGUGUGAUGCAAGGGUGCCUUAUGCGAUAGAUGGAAUGGUCUACACAGGGAGACAGCCAGGAGAGGAGGUUCAGCAGAACCUUGGAGAGAAUAUCGUCCAACAGUUGUGUAGCAGAAUCAGACAGACAGGUCGCAACAUCACAAUGGACAACUUCUUUACCAGUGUCCCUUUGGCUGAGAAGCUUCUUGAGAAGAACCUGACCAUUGUGGGAACUCUUCGCCAGAACAAGCAGGACAUACCGCCUGUCAUGAAGCCAUCCAAAUUGAGGGAGAAGUAUAGCUCAGAAUUUGGAUUCAAUGGCAACAUGACCAUGGUAAGCUAUGUACCAAAGAAGGGAAAGGCUGUUGUCCUCCUGAGCACCAUGCAUGAUGACAAAGCAGUGGAUGACAACAGUGUUUCUUUCAAGAAGAAACCAGAAAUGAUCAAGUACUAUAACAAAACCAAAGGAGGAGUGGACACAAUGGAUCAGAUGGUUCGCACCUACUCAUGUAAGCAGAUGCCUACACCAUCUUCACUGCACAUCACCCUGAUUACAUGGGUGGUGUGACCAAUGCAACACGGCUAUUCCUCAAGGAGCUCGUCAAAGAGCUUGUCAUGCCUUAUAUGAAGAGACGCUUGGAGGGCAUGCCUCUCCUUCAAAGCCAUAUCAUAGAGGCAAUGGGAGGAUGUGGGAUAGAAAAACAAAACACUCGGCCACAGGAGGACAUCAGACAGGAGGGCCAAUCGAAGAGGAAGAGAUGCAGAAUAUGCCCAGCUGCCAAAGACAGAAAAGUCAGCAGCUGGUGUUCCCAGUGCACCAGGCCUGUGUGCAAGGAGCACAAACGUGUAGUUGUCAUUUGUGAGGCAUGUAAGCACUAAGAUGGCAAUUUGAGAUGCCGCUGUACCAGUGUGAUUUUAUUUUGUUUGUUGUAUUUUCUUUUAUUUGAUCACAUUCACCACAAUUCAAUACAGUUACACAGUUCAAUUUCAGUGUUAUCAGUUAUGUCUAAAUAACUGCUAAAAUGAUUAAUUUGACAAAAUGUUGUCUUUAUUCUUUUGUUUUAUCAUGCUUGAUAAGUAAAUUUGAUAUAGUAACACAAAACCUAGAAAAAAUGUAAAUAAUAAUUUUUGGUAAUUGAAAACAAGAAAUGUUUAAUAUUUAUAAAUCAUGGAAUUUAUAGAUCAUGGAAUAUUAAAUGCUUAAAUAAAUUGAUCUCAAAAGAUAAAUAAAUAAAUAAAAGUCCAGCCAUGCAUGAAAUAACAUAGGAAAUGAAUACGGGUCUUUUUAGACCCAUGUUGUGCAUUAGAAGUGGUUUCGAUAGCUUCUCGUUCUCGAUUCCAUUGAAGUCAAGUUUGCAAGAUCCGUGUCGGUCGUCGAUGCUUAAUACUAUAUACAUUUUAGUGCGCGCAUUCGUUAUGUGAACUUGAAAGUGUUGAUGCGAAACUAAACUCUAGCCUAUCAGAUAGCGUGACUGAAGGAAUGAGCUUCUGAUUGGCUUACUCAUUUUAGUAAACGUGCUUCCCUUCGCAAUUUGUAAUAGCGUACGUGAACGUAUAGUGUUGAAUGAACGAGUUAGUGAACAAUGCUUUGAAUCAGAGAAAGCAUAAAAUAAAGUGCUUAUACCUGAGGGUGGCGCCAAAUCGAAUAAAUGAAUAACUGUCUGUGCUGCUCAACUGAGAAGAAAGAUGACGAACUCGAGCAAAAACUGUCGUUUACAUAAAAAAUAUAUAUUUAAAUAGUGUCAUUUUUGUUUUCACCCUUCUGUUAGGUAAGCACUGCUUACCGCUUGUAUGCGCGGCACGUCCUUGUUUCUCACACACACACACACACACACACACACGAGAGAAGCAAAACUGCAUACGUGUUUUAGACACGUUUUCACACAAUACAUCUUAAGUUAGUUUUAUUUAACGUCUUUAGGAAAUUGUUUUGUGGGUUUUUUAGUACAAGUCUUGCGUUUGUAUUUUUUCAUGCUUAAAACAAGAAAAUACAAUUUGCCAUUGAAGUAAGAACGUUUAUUUUUUCCAAAUUCAAGAUAUAUUCUCUGGAAAUAAGUCUUAUUAUGUUAUGCAUUUUGCAUCUCAAAUAAAUUAAUCUGGUUUGUUUUGAUAUUUUUACUGGAAAAUAAGAAAAAUACUGAUUAAGAAAAUAUAUAUUUACUGUUGGAAGUCAGAAGUUUACAUACACUUAUGUUGAAGUCAUUAAAUAAAAAAUUUUAAUUUAAUAUUAGCAAACUAUAGUCUUGGCAAGUCGUUUAGGACAUCUACUUUAUGCAUGACAUUAGUAAUUUUUCCAACAAUUGUUUACAGACAGAUUGUUUCACUUUUAAUUAACUAUCACAAUUCCAGUGGGUCAGAAGUUAACUGGCUAUAAGCAGCUUGGAAAAUUCCAGAAAAUGAUGUCAAGCCUUUAAGUAAUUAGCCAAUUAGCUUCUGAUAGGCUAAUUGAAGUCAAUUAGAGGUGUACCUGAGGAUGUAUUUUAAGGCCUACCUUCAAACUCAGUGCCUCUUUGCUUGACAUCAUGGGAAAAUCAAAAGAAAUCAGCCAAGACCUCAGAAAAAUUGUGGACCUCCACAAUUUUGGUUCAUCCUUGGGAGCGAUUUCCAAAUGCCUAAUGGUCCCACGUUCAUCUGUACAAACAAUAGUACACGAGUAUAAACACUAUGGGACUACGCAUCCAUCAUAUCGCUCAGGAAGGAGACGCAUUCUGUCUCCUAGAGAUGAACGUAGUUUGGUGCAAAAAGUGCAAAUCAAUCCCAGAACAACAGCAAAGGACCUUGUGAAGAUGCUGAGGAAACAGGUAGACAAGUAUCUAUAUCCACAGUAAAACAAGUCCUAUAUCGACAUAACCUGAAAGGCUGCUCAGCAAGGAAGAAGCCACUGCUCCAAAACUGCCAUAAAAUAGCCAGACUACAGUUUGCAAGUGCACAUGGGACAAAGAUCUUCCUUUUUGGAGAAAUUUCCUCAGGUCUGAUGAAACAAAAAUUGAACCGAUUGGCCAUAAUGACCAUCCUUAUGUUUGGAGGAAAAAGGGUGAGGCUUGCAAGCCGAAGAACACCAUCCCAACCAUGAAGCAUGUGGGUGGAAGCAUCAUGUUGUGGGGGUGCUUGGUUGCAGGAGUGAAUGGUGCACUUCACAAAAUAGAUGGCAUCAUGAGGAAGGAAAAAUAUAUGGAAAUAUUGAAGCAACAUCUCAAGACAUCAGCCAGGAAGUUAAAGGCUGGUUGCAAAUGGGUCUUCCAAAUGGACAAUGGCAUGCCUCCAAAGUUUUAGCAAAAUGGCUUAAGGACAUCAAAGUCAAGGUAUUGGAGUGGACAUCACAAAGCCCUGACCUAAAUCGGAUAGAACAUUUGUGGGCAGAACUGAAAUAGCAUGUGUAAGCAAGGAGGCCUUCAAACCUGAUUCAGAUCACACCAGUUCUGUCUGGAGGUAUGGGCCAAAAUUCCAGCAGCUUAUUGUGAGAAGCUUGUGGAAGGCUACUACCAAAAGUGUUUGAACCAAGUUAAACAAUUUAAAGGCAAUGCUACCAAAUACUAACAAAGUGCAUGUACAUUUCUGACCCAUUGGGAAUGUAAUGAAAGAAAUGAUAUCUGAAAUAAAUCAUUCUCUCUACUAUUAUCCUGACAUUUCACAUUCUUAAAAUAAAGUAGUGAUCCUAAAUGACCAAAGACUGGGAAGGUUUUCUACGAUUAAAUGUCAGGAAUUGUGAAAAACUGAGUUUAAAUGUAUUUGGCUAAGGUGUACAGUAUGUAAGCUUCUGACUUUAACUGUCUUUUUUUAUUUUUUGACCAAAUGAUGGAUGUUAUCACCUUGUU